GGUCCAGUUCCCAUCUCCUCUGUGCGGCCUGUGUACGUAUGGACCAUGGACGAGAGCUACAAAUACUGAUGUAGCCUACCCGCAAGCGAUGGUCUCAUGGAGCUUGUCAAAGCGGCAGUGUUUAAUUUGUGUUUGACUCCACAAUGCACUUUAGGAUUUCAAUAAGAUGUAUGUGUGUUUUGAGAUAAUCAUUUUUCUUCAAGCUCUCAACUUCAACUAUUUCGCCCAUGCUCAGGAUCCUAUGUGCUGCAACCAUGCUGCCAAAGCCCCUCAGUGUAAGGAAGGAUGCGAACAGCUCGCAACCAUCAGAAGCGAAUCACGUCUGAAACACUUUCUACAACGACUGCCAAGUUACUGCCCCGAACAUAUGAAUGAGCUUUGGACCUGCAUCAAUUCGACAUUACCAGGAACGUCUCGGAAGCCGGAGGGUUGGGUAGGCCUGGGCUGCUGUGAGCUGGCCAUCUCACCGGAGUGCCGCCGUGAGUGUAAACAGGCAUCUUCAAAAAAUGACAUCACAAAAGUAUGCAAGAAAGACACAGAGAAACCGCUGUACAAAUGUAUCACCAAAAAUGAAAUGGGCUCGCUGUGCUGUAGUUAUGCAGGCAGACACACCAACUGCCGCGAGUACUGCCAGGCCAUCUUCCGCACAGACGCCUCCCCCAGUGUGUCACAGAUCAAGGCUGUGGAGGACUACUGCCUGACGGUCAGCCCACAGCUCAUCAGCUGUGUCAACAACUACACCAAGUCCUACCCCAACAAGACCCCCAUCGACAGUCUGUACUGUUGCGACAGUGCGGAGGCCCACUGUCAGGCGUCGUGUAAACACAUCCUGCGCACCAUGAAGACGGAGCACGAGAUCAUAGAGGGCCUCAUCCAGGCGUGCGGCAGCGAGCCCCUCCCCCAGGACCCCCUCUGGCAGUGUUUCCUGGGCCACCAACCGCCAAACCACCCGGACCCGGAGCCACACCCACAGAAGAUCGACUGGGCCAAGCUUCACUGCUGCUCCAAAGCCAAUACCUCACUGUGCAGGGACAAGUGUCAGGAGAUCAGCACCAACUGGGGCACGCAGACGUGGCAGGAGUUUGACCAGGUGUGCGAGUACAACCCCGUAGAGACUGACCUCAUCACCUGCCUAGCUGAUGUCAGAGAGCCCUGCCAGCUCGGCUGCGACGUCUUGGAUUACUGCACCAACUUCAACAACAGGCCCACUGAGCUGUUCCGCAGCUGCAACGUCCAGUCAGACCAGGGUGCCAGGAACGACAUCAAGCUGUGGUCCAACGGCACCAUCAAGAUGCCCUUCAUGAACAUCCCCGUGCUGGACAUUAUGAAGUGCCGGCCGGACAUGUGGAAGGCAGUGGCGUGUGCCCUCCAGAUCAAGCCCUGUUACAGCAAGUCCCGUGGCAGCAUCAUCUGCAGAUCUGACUGUGUGGACAUUCUGACCCAGUGCGGGGACCGGAUGCGGUUUCGAGAAGGACAGACUCCUGAACGCAUCUGUGACCUUCUGUCUCCAACUGAUGACCCAGAGCGCUGCAUCCCUUUAAAGAGAUACCUGAAGCCAAGUUCCCUUGGCAACGUUAUUGAAGAAGUCAUCCACCCUUGCAAUCCCAACCCAUGUCCUAGCAACCAACUGUGCGAGGUCAACCGCAAGGGCUGCCAUGCUGGCCAGGACUGCCUGCCCUACCUUUGUGUGCAAGGCUGUAAACUGGGCGAAGCCUCUGAGUUCCUGGUUCACAUGGACUCACGUAUUCAGGUCCCGGCACAGAGUGACAAUGUGGGCUGCUACGAAGUGUGCACCUGUGGCCCUAGUGGCCGGCUGGAGAACUGCGCCUCCAUGCCCUGCAUCGACACCGCAAAGAAGUGCAUCGUAGGAGGCCAGAGAAAGAGUCAUGGGACGUCCUUCCGAGUGGACUGCCACCCAUGUUCCUGCUACGCUGGGGAGACCAUCUGCUCCACCCGCCAGUGCCUGAACACAGACAGCUCCGACGAGGACCGCCGACGCUUCACAGGUCUGCCGUGUGGUUGCCCUAAUAACUUCCUGCCAGUGUGUGCCCGCAACGGCCGCACCUACCCCACGGCCUGCGUGGCGCGCUGCAUGGGCUUCAACGACAGUGACUUCCACUUUGGCACGUGCCGCCAAAGCAAACCCUGCUCACCCAACCCCUGCUCCAGAGACAAGAGAUGUGUACCCAGGAAGAGGGUGUGCCUCACGGACACGUCCGAGUUUCCAUGCCAACAGUACGAGUGUGUGAGCAGGCCGUCCAGUUGUGACAAGAACCUGCUGGACCCUGUGUGUGACACCGACAACAUGGAGCACCCCAACCUCUGUAUGCUGUACCAGAGAGGCAAGACCCUGGCCUACAUGGGCCACUGCCAGGACGCAUGCAGGAAGACCCAGGAGGUGUGUGGGCACAACGGCGAGACCUACAGCACCAUCUGCGAAGCAUACUCGGACCGUGUCGCUGUGGACUACCACCGGCCCUGCUACGCUGUGGGGGCAGUGGCCGAGUUCCCCUCUGACUCAGGCUGCAACCCCAAACACUGCCCGCCCCUCUCCACCAAGGGCUGCAAACCUGUCACUCCCCCAGGUGCUUGCUGUCCUUUGUGUGCUGGGAUGCUACAGAUCCUUUGGAACAAACAGCAGAUGAAUGCUUUUGCCAAGUUGAACCGCAACCAGCCAGUGACAUUACACGACAUCCUCCGGAUCCUGCGUCUGCACGUGUCCGUGCCGCAGUGUGAUAUCUUUGGCUACCUGAGCAUCGACUCCGAGAUCGUCAUCCUCAUCGUGCCUGUGGACCAGAAGCCCACACCAAUACAGAUCGAGGCGUGCAGCAAAGAGUCAGAGAAGAUCGAUUCUCUCAUCAACUACGGCAGCCCCACGCUGGUGUCACACGUGCCCCUCUCCGCCUUCCUGACGUCGGAGGUCAAGGUGUCCACCAUCAGCUCAUCGGCCCUGCGCUCCGCUACCCCCCUUCCUCUCUGCCUCCCCCUCUCCCUCCUCCUGCUGCUCCUCAUGUUGGCUGGAGUGCCGUGGGGCCACUAGUCCUCCUCCUCUCCCAACACCCUUCCUCCUCCUCCUCCCCCUUCCCUUCUCCUUCUCCCCCACCAGAAAUAACCUCACUCCCAGCUCCAACACCCGGUUGCCUAGCAACACGACCGUGUGUGCCUGACCUCUGACCCUUUGCGGUCGCCGUGGGUGACGGAAGGGUUUCAGCCUGUUUCAGCCUUUUGACAAUCACUACAGAAGCCCGACGAGGACAAUCAGAAUCAGCUUUUUUUAAUAGAAAUGAAACAAUCAAACUGAAUAAACCAUGUGGGGACUGGGGGAAGGUGUAGUACAGGCAGCCAUUUUGUGUUCUUCCUAUAGAGCAAGCUAAGGGGAGGCAGAACUCAUCUGUGCUGCUGUGUUUAGGCCAGAUCCUCUUCCCUUCUCUGAGGAGAGGGAGAUGGAAAGAGAGAAAGACAAAGGUAGAAAGCGAGGGAUAGAGAUAGAGAGAAAGGAAAAAGAACGGCCAGGUGGCUGGAUUUGUUGGGGAGACAAAUUUGUCUCCCCAUACGACAUCUGUCCUGGUCAUUUGGGCGUCAUCACUGCUUAACCCUCGGCCCCAACUCCCCCACUCCCCUCCCCCUUUGACCCACCUCUCUUGCACGUGUCUCUAUGUAAAUAAGAGGGUCGAGAGAUGCUGUGUUUGAACUGGAACAAUUGGACAGGAAAAUCAUUCCACCCCCAUAAGCUCAAAGACGAAAAAGGGAUCUUUGUUGUUCCUCUGUAGAAAAAGAUAAUUCACGAAGGAAGAGGAGCCAUUCGUUAGUGAAUAUGACAAUCAUUGCUUAUCCACUAGUGGGUAAUAUCAACAGUAUAUAUAUAUAUAUAAAUAUAUAUAUAUAUAUAUAAAUAUAUAUCUGUAAAAAAUCCUAUAUGAAGUAAUGCAAAAAUGUAAUGUAUGAAUUAAUGAAAUAGUAAAAUGUUUUAUUUUGUUCUAAAAUGAAGAAGCUCAGAUCACGAUGUGCCAUGUUUUAAAUGUUAUUCUUGCAUGACAGUUAUGAAGGAUUUUUAUUUUGUUUUUGUUUUUUUGUCCUGAAUGUAUUGUGUCCUGCGUCUUUGUCCUCGUGUCCAUGUCCUUGUCCUGAUAUAUUUUUAUCAAACUGCCUAUGACACAUGAAGUCUCCUCCCCCCAUCCCCUACCUUAUCGACAGUAUUAUUGUGCCAGGGCAGCUGAAUUGCAACAGAUUCUCUAUUGUUGUCUUAUCUUUCUUCUUUUCUGCUCUUUGUUUUUGCUUUGUUUUGUUUGUUUACUGUUUUGUUGUUUGACAUUUCCUGUCAUAUUUUGUACUACAUUAAAUGUGUUCAUAUUUGCCAACA